AGUCGUAGCUGACCGGAAGUUGCAGCUGCCGUGUUUAGUCGCUUUGUUGUAAUUCCUGCAGAUUUUAGUAGAUGCAAUUAUGGAACCGAGCUGGAGUACGUUCUUAUUCCAACAGGCCAACGAGGCUCUGCACCACCAGCAUCACGCUGUUGGAAACGGCCUUCUCCCCCUCCUCAACUCUGAGCCUACUGAUCAGAAACCAGUUCUGCCUAUCCUCAUGGAACAGAAGCCCCAGGUCAGUGCUACAGAACUCCUCAAGGACAAUGUUGCUAAUGGGAUCGGUGGUGGAGGUUUGGCUCAAAUCGCCAUCGUCAAGAAAGAGCCCAAAACAAAGACACCCUUUAUCUGCGGCUACUGCAACAAGGCCUUUAGGGACAGCUAUCAUUUGCGGCGGCAUGAGUCUUGCCACACCGGUAUUAAGAUGGUGUCCAGGCCUAAGAAAAGCCCCACAGCUCCUACUAUGGUGCCUCUUAUCUCCACUGUAUCACGACAGAACAGUAGCCACUCGUACAUCUCCACGGUGGCUGGCAUCCUGACCACCGCCACCACCUCCACAGGGACGGGCGCCGUGGCCCCCAUGCAGCACCAGCACCAGCACGGCGUCGCCAAGAAGCCCCCGAAGCCCGUCAAGAAGAACCACGGCUGCGACAUGUGUGGGAAAGCUUUCCGUGACGUCUACCACCUGAACCGCCACAAGCUGUCGCACUCUGACGAGAAGCCGUUCGAGUGCCCCAUCUGCCAGCAGAGGUUUAAGAGAAAGGACCGCAUGACCUGUCAUGUACGCUCACACAACGGGGCGGUUCACAAGCCCUACAUCUGUUCUGUCUGUGGGAAGGGGUUCUCAAGACCCGACCACCUGAGCUGUCACGUCAAACAUGUCCACUCAUCAGAGAGGCCCUUUAAGUGCCAAGUAACGGCAUGUACUUCAGCCUUUGCCACCAAAGAUCGUCUGCGCUCCCACAUGAUCAGACAUGAGGGCAAAGUCACCUGCAACAUCUGUGGCAAGAUGCUAAGUGCGGCCUACAUCACCAGCCACCUGAAGACCCACGGCCAGGCAGGCUUCAGCAGCACUGCCUGCACUAACAAAGGCGUAACUGACUGGCAGUGGAACAACACAGUGCCACAGAAAGGUGAGUUGACUGUAGGAGAGAUUUUAAAUAACUCGUUCCAAGUCCUAAUUGACAUCUCUCGAACUCAAGAUCCCAACAUUGUGCACAACUCGACCCCUGUGACACCGGUCACCAACCCGUCAACGAUGAACCGCAGCAGUAACAGUAGCUACCCAGUCACUAUCGCUGCACAGAUGAACAUCAGCAAGAGCUCCCCGGGGGGCCACCUGCAGCACCCCGGGGUCACCAUCACGGGGCCCAUCAGCCUGGCGGCCGUCAGCCUCCCAGCCGCUGCCCACAUGAACCUGGCCCACCCACUGGCCAUGAACCUCUCGGGCCCGCUGAACAUGGCCAUGAGGCCCAUGGACAACAUGUCCUUCCUCUCCCAGGUGCUGCCUUCCUGCCCUCCUUGGUAACGUUGGGUUCCUGUUUCAGGUGAUGUCUGGGACAAGACGCUGUCGAACGGAAACCGUUUGCUUUAGUUCUUUUGCCUUUUUGAUUUGUUAGCCACCCCACUUUGUCCCGGGCAUAAGGUACGAAUCAGAGUGUCCCCAUGCGACUUUAGGGUUGAAAAUCCGAAAACAAUUGUGUUGCUAGUGUUGAUUUAAAUGUUUUUAUUUUGUACAGAUGUUUUAUUUCAAUGUUUUAGGUGAUCAGUAUUCAAUAUUUUGUAUGUAUUUUCAACACGACUAGAUGAAAAGGGACGUAGGUUAUCACAUUCAAUGACGCCCGUGUCUCUAAUGCAUUAUAAACAUCUUUAUGAUCUUCUUAUAGCACUAGUUCUAAGUUUCAUGAAUUCAUGAAUAUUGAUAAUGCUUUAUAAAACAUUGUAGUCACGUAUCGUAAUACUUCAUGACUGCUGGUCACUCACUGGCAUUCUUUUGCUGCAAGGAUCAAAGAGUGAGGGUAAAAAUAAUUCUGGUGGUUGGAAUCCAUUGCAAUCCAUUGCAUUGUGAAUUAUAAUCACUGUUAUAAUCAAUUAUCGUUUGAUUAUUAGUUACUCUAAGUGGGCAUUGGGUGCUUAAGUAAAUACAAAAUCAUUUAAUUAAAUCUUGGCAAGAACAACACAGAGCGGUGAAAUAUGGAUUUAUUUGGUAAGACUUUUGAUGAUGAACAACUAAAUUAUGGACUUUCACAUAAUGUUUCCCCCCAAAAACACAUGAAAGUAUCUAAAGUCAACUAGACCCAGGUUCUACAUUUAAUAGGAUUGUGUACUUGCCGUAUCCCAGAGUUUUCCAGAGAGUGAGGAUCCCAUUACAACCCAGUCACCUAGCUAAUGUGUAGUUUUAACUUUACAACAACCUUCCACACCAUGACACGGUUGUGUUUUGUAUACAUUUGAUCAUGGAUAAAAGCGGCACACUUCUUCUCCAUCAUUGAAUUAGCCACACUGCAUUAGCUACAGCUGUAUGGGUGGUUACUACUUUAAUGGCAAGUUAGCAAGUGAACGCUAUGUUAGCUUACGAUACCCACGGCUAGUUCAGUAGAAUGAAAUAACAUAACAUGGAUAAACUUGGCUUAACUGAAAAAUCUUAACGACGUCAUGAACCUCUUUGAGAGACCCCUCAAAGAGUUCAACAUUAUAAUGCAUAAUAAGUGAUUGCAUUAUACAUUGUUUUUAAUGUAUUACAACUACGAGAAUUAUAAAACACCAUGAUCAUGCAAAAACAUUCUGAUGACUUCAAUUAUUAACAUUUUGAUACUUGUCUUGACCUUAUAAGUUAUCAAAUGCUUUAUAAUGUGUUGGGAUGAAAAUGAACUGUUAAUAUGUACAAGUGCUUAUUACUAUGAUUAUACAAUGCUAUAAACCACAGGUAUGUUGAUAAUGCAUUGUAGACGUGGGCGUCAUGGAAAGGGUCCUGAACACAACGUUUUACCUUGUUUAGUUUUUUCAGAAUGAUUAGCUAUGAUAAAGUAAAGCUAGAUAUGACUUGUGAACAGUCAAUUCCAUUCAGAUGGCAGUAUUAUUAACUCCUUUAUGUAGACGGCACCGGCCCAGGGGCGGCACUGCAAACAGGCCCCCAGAGAAGGGCCUGAGGAGUCUUAUGAGUGAUUUUUAAGUUUACCCUUGUGGAUCUCAUAUCACAGGUAUAAGAUGCCAUCGCUGUAGCUCCUAGCUCAGGAAGUAUACUGGUAUUUUUUAUUCUUAUUUAUGAAACCCAGAGGAAAUACCUCACUCAGACAUCUCGACUCCUAAAUUCCUCAAAGAUAAAGCAUUUGUUUACUUUCUCUUUGUUUCUCCGUUUUUGUAGCCACAACGUCAAUCUGGUCAUUAUAUUUUUUCACUGGGUUAUGGAAACGUGAUAAAGAAGGACAAAGGUCCCUUAAGCCAAUACUUCACCCACUUUUACUUCCACAUUACUGGCUGGACAUAGGUAGAGCAGAGCAUUGAGCUGCCAGAAUUUGAACUAGAGACUUGGCUUGGACUGGCCUGCUCUGAGACUGCUCUGAGCAUGGCCUGCUCUGAGACUGGCCUGCUCUUAGACUUGACUGCUAUGAGCAUGGCCUGCUAUGAGACUACUAGGAGCAUGGCCUGCUAUGAGACUACUAGGAGCAUGACCUGCUCUGAGACUGGCCUGCUCUGAGACUGCUCGAAGCAUGACCUGCUCUGAGACUGGCCUGCUCUGAGACUGGCGUGCUCUGAGACUGGCCUGCUCUGAGACUGGCGUGCUCUGAGACUGGCGUGCUCUGAGACUGGCCUGCUCGUGAGACUGGCCUGCUCUGAGACUGGCGUGCUCUGAGACUGGCCUGCUCGUGAGACUGGCCUGCUCGUGAGACUGGCCUGCUCGUGAGACUGGCCUGCUCGUGAGACUGGCCUGCUCUGAGACUGGCAAUCAGUGGAGAAUUGAAAGUGAAAAAGGUUUUGUAUUGAAUAUUACAACAGCCUGCAAGGAUUAAUCAAUCAAGCAAACAAUCUAAAAUAAAAUACCCAAUAAAUUCCUUAAUUUAUCACCCAAUUAAUGAAUGAGCACAGUCUCAAGUUAAAGACAUGAGACUUGGACCUAAGGACAUAACUGGCGUUCAUAGAGUUGAAUGUUCCUACCCACAGCUCUGCCGCCCUUCCUUUAUGAAGCCAGGCGACAUCCCAGUGCAACCACUUGGACAUAAUGGUCUAUGCACUUACUAAGUUCAACUAAAACAAUAAGACAAUAUUUGAAGGCUCAAUGCAAGUGAAUAGGAGGUGAUAAUGGACUGCUUCGUACCAAACAGGGUUGUGAGAUGUGCUCUUUUGAAUUGAUUUGAUGCUGGGUAUGUGAAUAUUAAGCCAAAUACACAAAGUGGGUGAAAUAUUGCAUAAACUGGCAAUUUUAUCUGUUAAUGCCUAUUCCACUGAUGGCAUACGUGAAUGUUGGAAUGUUCCUGAAUGUGAGAAUGUCAGCUGGUAUCAGAAUGGAUGCGGAGCAUGUGACCCUGUGGCUCACUUCCUGCUGUUCAAAACCUUCAGUGUCCAUGUCUGGACAGACUUGUCCCAUAUAACGUAGAACGCAAACAACGCUGUGCUUGCUUAAGGGAAUCAUUAAUUUAAGGACCAUUAGUUAUAUUGGUGAAAGAGUUGUGUUUUCAUUCUAGAUGUGACCCUAGCUAGUUUUCAGGCACUACACUGUACCUUGGUGUCCCAGGUGAUAAAGCUGUGCCUUUACAAUAAGUAUCCACAUCUCACUCCAACAUGUACUGUGGUGGAGUUGUGUAAAGGGAAACUAAAUUAUUUUAGUUGAAAGUCCACGUUUUGCCUUUUCAAAUGAUUAUCAAAUUUAAAAUACUGGUGUGAUGGAAACCUGUAUUUUCAUCUCAACAGUUACUGUGAAUAUAUUGUUGACAUUCAACCAUAAGUGUCAUUUUAUGUAACUGUAAACAAAGCCUUUCGUCAACCAAAAUAUAAUUUGUACGGUAUUUUAACUAUUUUCAUGAUGAAUUUGGCAGAUAUUGUGAAGGCAAAUGAUUGUAGAUCUUUUUACCAUUUAGUUAAAAAUUGUGUUAGCUAUGUCGACACGCACUAAGAAACAUAUUACCUUUUAUAAAUCUUUUUGUAUUAGGACACUAACAAAGGUCAUUUUUUUGUAUAUAUGAAGAGUAUACUUUCUGAUUAGCAGAAAGGUAAACAUUCCUACAUUCGUUUUUUUUAUGUAAAUCUGAGAAUAAUUAUGUAUGCAUUAUAGCGAUGUUAUGUGCCUUUUAUUUGGAUUCGGCUGAAUAAAAGAAACAAAUGAACUGGCUGGUCUGUAAUGCUCAGUCGAAGGAUUUGCGGUAAGAUGAGUAUUGUAAUAUCCUAUUAUAUCAUGUGAUAUCCUGCCUCUACAGAUCAUUGAGGAUCUAUGAGGUAAGGCAGUGGUUUGUUGAUCAUAUCUCAAGUUGCUUGACAUAGAGGUCUAGUAGGCUGGGUUGAAAUUGCCUCCCUUUUUCUGUCAUUCCCUAAAAGCUAUAGAAGGAAAACAAAAUAUUGCACUAUUUAGGGAACACUAGUAAGGAGGGCACUCAGCCACUAAUUUGACCCGAAAUCCUUUGCAGUGGCGUAAAGUUGUGUAGAAAAGCCGUCGGGGUAAAGAUGUCACCCCUUGCCAGCUCAAAAAACCUGUCUCUCCAUCGCUAUUAGAUUAAUUCGAUCACAUGAAGACGGCGAUGUCAUGGUCCAGUGUGCAGAUGAGUUCACAUCAAUUAGGUGGUCCACAAUGAUCCCAAACAGUUAGUACACACGUUUUGGACAGCACUACAAGACAUCCCAAUAGAGGGCGUAACAGAGCCCUGCACUGACUUUAGUGUAUCAAUACAGUUUGAAAGGAUAUUGAGAAGAUACGUUUAGGUUGCCAAGGUUUGGGGAGCCUCAGGAUUUUUUGGAAAGGUGGUGUGUGUGGGUGGCAUCUUUACCCCGACGGCUUCUCUAAGCAACUUUACACUGCAAAGCAUUUCUGUUCCCUAAAUAGUGCAAUGUUUUGUUUUUACCUUUAGUAGUGAUUAUAACAAAUGAUCAGAAAUUGCAUCUGAAUGGUUCAUGGUUUGAGCGGUUUCACAGUCCCAUGGCAUAAGCAGUGAAGAAAAAUUAUGAGAUGGGCAGGAAGUGAAGGGAUUAAUAACAUCCAAACUGCAGCUUAUUUUUUAAAUCUUUUUAUUUGAGCUGGGUAUACAACAAUCAACAAACUGUACAAAGAAUGUCUGUAUAUCCCUUCACCAACAUAAACACAUGCAUACAUACAAGCAUAUCUGCAGACAUAGGCCUACAUGCAUGCACAUAUAAAACACAACAUUUUGCUGUAAUUAAUUAAUAAUCAAUCUCAAGCUUGUAUUCAUCAAUUCUUAAAACGUAGAUUACCAAAUAAAAACACAUAGGAACUAGCCUGGAACAGAAAUAACAUUUGUCAUCACAUCUUGUGAACUGUAAAUCACUGGGGACAGACAGAUUACUGUAGUCAUUUUCACUAAAGAUAUAUAUACAGUAUUAAGCAUCAUGAUUAACAAAACACAAAUGUUUGAGACUUAUGUAAAGCUGGUCGCAUGCAUUCAAUAUAUAGAGAUAAGUAGAGGGAAUUAAGGAGAGAAAGAUUACUGCAUUAGGUAGGCUAAAAGGCUAUACACCAUAUACAAAUAUCUAUGCAUAAAUGUAUGUGUGUUAGACAUUAUAUGUAUGUGUAUAAUACACCCUAGCUACUAUACUAACCUAUGUCUAUUUAGAAUAUAUCAGCAGAAAAUUAUUUAAACAUUGACCUUCAAAAAGAAUACAAAUCUUAUCAAACAAUAGGUUAGUGACACUAAAUAGCGGGGGUUUUGCUAUAUUAAAGGAAACACAUUUACAAAUGUAUAAUAGGCCUACAUUGAUUUUAUAAUGGAAAAUAUAUAGUAGGUUUUAACAGUUAGUUUCAUUGUCUUGAUGAAAAGGCUGAUCAUCUUCUGCUGUCAGAAAUAGUUGUGCGUCUUCAUCAAGUCCUUCUGCUUGUCUGUAGAACUGGAGAGAGCCUGCAAUGUCCAACGAGUUGACGUCAAUGAUACUAGUCCACAGCAGC